CCCAGACAUUAGUCAUUUGUCCAGAGUGGUUUACAAAGGAGAGACGCAUUGCCACCACAAAAACGGGGAAACAUUUACCGAGAGCGUGAAUAGGAUACAAUUCCUUACAAAAUGUCGGAGGAUAUUGUGAUAGAUCAAAUCAAAGAAGAAGUGUUGGCAUCAACAUUGAUUUGGACACCAGCCCUCUCAACCUUGUUGGGAGUUGCGGUGGCAAUAUUUCUAUUCGAAAUAUGGGUGAAAAAUUCACGAAACUAUAAAUUAUGUGAAAACAUUCCCGGUCCGCGUAGAUUGCCCUUUAUUGGCAAUGCUCAUAUGUUUAUUAAUAAAGGCAGUGAAGAAAUCAUGGCCACUGCCAUAAAAUGUCACAAACUCUAUGGCAAAACGGUUUGUGGAUGGCUGGGACCAUGGCAGAUUGUAUUCCUAACCGAUCCGGCCGAUAUUGAGCUCAUCCUUAGCAGCAAUGAGCAUUUGGAAAAAUCCGAUGAAUAUCGCUAUUUUCAACCCUGGUUCGGUGAUGGACUAUUGAUUUCGAAGGGUCAUCAUUGGAAACAUCAUCGCAAGAUGAUUGCUCCCACAUUCCAUCAGAGUAUAUUGAAAAGUUUUGUGCCAACAUUUGUGCAACAUUCAAAGCAGGUGGUGCAACGACUCUCCAAGGAAAAUGGCAAGGAAUUUGAUGUGCACGAAUACAUGUCGCAGGUCACUGUGGAGAUACUGCUGGCCACAGCUAUGGGCGUCAAACAGUUGCCCGAGGGUAACAAAUGCCUGGAAUAUGCUCAAGCUGUACUUGAUAUGUGCGAUAUCAUUCAUAAGCGUCAGACGAAAUUUUACUAUCGUCUGGAUGCCAUGUUCAAUAUGACCCCCUUGAGUAAAAAGGGGGAGAAGAUGAUGGACAUUAUAUUGGGCAUGACCCGCAAGGUAGUGAGUGAUCGUCAAAAGAAUUUCAAUGCUGAUUCGAGGGCCAUUGUGGAGGAUCAAAAAGAGGUGGACAAACAGAGGCAGCAAGCCAAAAAGGAGGGUUUACGUGAUGACUUGGAUGACAUAGAUGAGGAAGAUGUGGGUGUUAAAAAGCGUUUGGCUUUAUUGGAUGCCAUGAUGGCUAUGUCCAAAAAUCCCGAUAUUCAGUGGACUGAGAGGGAUGUGCUGGAUGAAGUCAACACCAUUAUGUUCGAGGGUCAUGAUACCACCUCAGCUGGCUCCAGUUUUGUUCUCUGCAUGCUGGGCAUACACAAAGAUGUCCAGGCCAAAGUCUUGGCCGAACAAGAGGCCAUCUUUGGCAGUAAUUUUUCGCGCGACUGCACUUUUGCCGAUACUCUAGAAAUGCGUUACCUGGAACGUGUCAUCAUGGAAACGUUGCGUCUCUAUCCUCCAGUACCCAUUAUAGCACGCAAGGCGGGUCGUGAUGUUAGAUUGGCCUCAGGACCCUAUGUCAUACCCAAAGACACCACCGUGGUCAUAGCCCAAUACGCUGUGCACCGCAAUGAAAGAGCUUACCCCAAUCCCCAUGAGUUCAAUCCGGACAAUUUCCUUGCCGAGAAUAUGUCCAAACGCCAUUACUACAGUUUCAUACCGUUUAGUGCGGGACCUCGCAGCUGUGUGGGACGUAAAUUUGCCAUGUUGAAAUUGAAAGUCCUACUCUCUACCAUACUUCGUAAUUAUUCAGUGAAUUGCAAUCUAAAGGAGUCUGAAUUCAAAAUGCAAGGUGAUAUCAUUUUGAAAAUGGCAAAUGGUUUCAAUAUCAGUUUGGAAAAGAGAGCAGGAGUCAGUCAGACGAUGUAAUUAAUUGAAAAAAAAAAAUACCAAUCUAAUUUAUAUGUUUUAUUGUUAAUUCGAUGCAAUAUGAAGGCAGAUGAAAAAAAAAAUUAUAUUUAAGAAUAUAAAAAAUUUAUUUAGAAAA